UAGGGUUUUUCGCAGCUUGACCGAGGUUAACCAUCGACCACAAUCACAGCCACCAGCACUUGCUUUUAUACUCUUCUUCGUCGAUUAUCUUUCAAAUUCGUUCCUCUUUUGCUAACACUAUUAUUCGAUUCUUUGUCUUGCCAUGGCUGAAGUCAUUGCCGAACCUGUCGUUGUUUCAGAUCCCUCCCUUAUCGAAGUCAAACUCUUCAACCGCUGGACCUUCGAUGACGUUCAGUUUUCUGAUAUGUCACUGAGUGAUUACAUUGGAGUUGUCUCAUCGAAACAUGCGACAUAUGUUCCACACACUGCUGGUAGAUACUCUGUCAAGCGUUUCAGGAAGGCUCAGUGUCCAAUUGUUGAGAGGCUUACAAAUUCACUCAUGAUGCACGGUAGGAACAAUGGAAAGAAGCUUAAGGCUGUCACAAUCAUUAGGCAUGCUAUGGAAAUUAUUCAUUUGCUUACUGACCUGAACCCCAUUCAAGUUAUUGUUGAUGCUGUCAUUAACAGUGGUCCUCGUGAAGAUGCAACCCGUAUUGGUUCUGCUGGAGUUGUAAGGAGACAGGCUGUGGAUAUCUCACCCCUUCGUCGUGUGAACCAAGCCAUCUAUCUUUUAACUACUGGUGCACGUGAAGCUGCUUUCAGAAAUAUUAAGUCAAUUGCUGAAUGUCUUGCAGAUGAACUUAUUAAUGCAGCAAAAGGUUCAUCCAACAGUUAUGCAAUCAAGAAAAAAGAUGAAAUUGAGAGAGUUGCAAAGGCAAAUCGUUGAGCAGCUUUUGUGGUGGCACUUUUGGCGACUUCAAAUUUUGUGUUGAUGAUUGUACCUCAUUUAGUGAUGUUCUACUGGAUUUAGUUUCUUAGCUUUUUUUUAUUACGUACACAUGUUAUGAGUGAAUUUGAUAAUUAAACGAAAAAUAUUUUUCCAGAUUUUGAGUUUUGUAUCAAGCAUCAACCUCUUUAAACUUUACUAUUUAAGACACUGUUUGGUAAUAUGAGCCCUAUAAGUAGCUA